UCCGCCCUGAGGAUUGACCGCCCGAGCCACCGUCUGCCCGGCCCCGCCUCGCACGGCCAGGCGAAGAGGAGCCGGCUGUGCCGUGUGUGUAUGUGUUCGUGGGGCUCGGUCUCAGCCCCGGGAAGAUGGUGGCGGCGGGGGCGGCGGCAGCGACUGAGGCGAAGCUGAGGGGGAGGACAGCAACGACGACAGGGCCCUCGGGCACGAACGGCGAGCGGCUCCGGGACUGGGACGUCCCCGAGGCUGGGAGGCCAGGACUGGGGGCCGGGCUGCGCCUCCCGCAGCUGCUGCUGUUGCUGCUCCCUCCUUUGCUGCUGCUUCCCUGGGCUGCCGAGGCCGCGGCAGCAGCGGCGGUAGUAUCGGGCUCAGCCGCAGCCGAGGCCAAGGAGUGUGACCGGCCCUGUGUCAACGGCGGCCGCUGCAACCCUGGCACCGGCCAGUGCGUCUGCCCCACCGGCUGGGUGGGCGAGCAGUGCCAGCACUGCGGGGGCCGCUUCAGACUAACUGGAUCUUCUGGGUUUAUAACGGAUGGACCUGGAAAUUACAAAUACAAGACGAAGUGCACAUGGCUCGUCGAAGGACUGCCAAAUAAAAUAAUGAGACUUCGUUUCAAUCAUUUUGCUACAGAAUGUAGUUGGGACCAUUUAUAUGUGUAUGACGGGGACUCAAUUUAUGCACCACUAAUUGCUGCCUUUAGCGGCCUCAUCGUUCCUGAGCGAGACAGCAACGAGACUGUCCCCGAGGUGGUUGCCACGUCAGGUUAUGCCCUGCUGCAUUUUUUUAGUGAUGCUGCUUAUAAUUUGACUGGAUUUAAUAUCACUUACAAUUUUGACAUGUGUCCGAAUAAUUGCUCAGGCCAAGGAGAAUGCAAGAUCAGUAAUAGCAGCAACACUGUCCAGUGCGAAUGUUCCGAAAACUGGACGGGUGAAGCGUGUGAUAUUCCGCACUGUGUGAAUGACUGCGGUUUUCCUUAUCGGGGCGUCUGCAACGCCAGUGAUGUCAGGGGGUGUUCAUGUUUCCCAGAGUGGCAGGGUCCUGGAUGUUCAAUCCCUGUUCCAGCUAACCAGUCAUUUUGGACUCAAGAGGAAUAUUCUAACCCCAAGCUGCCCAGAGCCUCGCACAAAGCCGUGGUCAGUGGCAACAUCAUGUGGGUCGUCGGAGGAUACAUGUUCAACCACUCAGAUUACAGCAUGGUUCUGGCGUAUGACCUCGCUUCUAGGGAAUGGCUUGCACUGAACCGUUCUGUGAACGAUGUGGUGGUCAGAUAUGGCCAUUCUGUAGCAUUACACCAGGAUAAAAUUUACAUGUAUGGAGGAAAAAUCGAUUCAACAGGGAAUGUGACCAAUGAGUUGAGAGUGUUCCAUAUUCACAACGAGUCGUGGGUGCUGUUGAGCCCUAAAGCGAAGGAGCAGUACGCGGUGGUGGGGCACUCGGCGCACAUUGUCACCCUCGACACCGGCCGGGUGGUCAUGCUGGUCCUCUUUGGACACUGCCCCCUCUAUGGCUAUAUCAGCAGUGUGCAGGAGUAUGACUUAGUUACAAACACAUGGAGCAUAUUAAAUACUGUUGGCGCCCUUGUCCAAGGGGGCUAUGGCCACAGCAGUGUCUAUGACCCCAAGACCAGGGCCCUCUAUGUUCAUGGAGGCUACAAGGCUUUCAGUGCCAAUAAAUACCGGCUCGCAGAUGAUCUCUACCGAUACGACGUGGACACCCGGAUGUGGACCAUUCUUAAGGACAGCCGGUUCUUCCGUUACUUGCACACAGCGGUGUUGGUGAGUGGGACCAUGCUGGUGUUCGGAGGAAACACGCACAACGACACGUCCAUGAGCUAUGGUGCCAAGUGCUUUUCUUCGGAUUUCAUGGCUUAUGACAUUGCUUGUGACCGCUGGUCAGUGCUUCCCAGACCUGAUCUCCACCAUGUCAACAGAUUUGGCCACUCAGCAGUCUUACACAACAGCUCCAUGUAUGUAUUUGGUGGUUUUAAUAGUCUCCUUCUCAGUGACAUCCUGGUAUUUACCUCAGAACUGUGUGAAGCACACCAGAGUAAAGCUGCUUGUCUAGCAGCAGGGCCUGGCAUCCAAUGUGUGUGGGACCCAGGGUCAUCUCAGUGUAUCUCCUGGGAGCUGGCAACAGAAGCACAAGAAGAAAAGUUAAAAUCAGAAUGUUUUUCCAAAAGAACUCUUGACCAUGACAGAUGUGACCAGCACACGGAUUGUUACAGCUGCACGGCCAACACCAAUGACUGCCACUGGUGCAACGACUAUUGUGUCCCUAGGAACCACAGCUGCACAGAAGGCCAGGUCUCCAUUUCCAGGUAUGAGAACUGCCCCAAGGACAACCCCGCGUACCACUGUAAUAAGAAGACCAGCUGCAGGAGCUGCGCCCUGGACCCGAGCUGCCAGUGGGAGCCCCGGAAUCAGGAGUGCAUCGCCCUGCCCGAAACUAUCUGUGGCAAUGGCUGGCAUUUGGUUUUAAACUCAUGUAUGAAAAUCACCACUGCCAAGGAGAACUAUGACAACGCUAAACUGUCCUGUCGGAACCACAACGCCUUCUUGGCCUCUCUUACAAACCAGAAGAAGGUAGACUUCGUCGUUACGCAGCUGAGAAUAAUGCAGUCGUCACAGAGCAUGAACAAGCAGACCUUGACCCCGUGGGUUGGGCUUCGGAAGAUCAAUGUGUCCUACUGGUGCUGGGAAGAUAUGACCUCAUUCACAAAUAGUACAAUUCAGUGGAUGCCAUCUGAGCCCAGUGACGCCGGAUUCUGUGGGAUCUUGUCAGAACCCAGUCCUCGGGGCUUGAAAGCUGCAACCUGCAUCAACCCCCUCAAUGGUAGUGUCUGUGAAAGAGAGGCGAACCACAGCAGCAAGCAGUGCCGGGUGCCGUGUGCCCUGAGGACGGCGUGUGGGGACUGCACCAGUGGCAGCUCCGAGUGCAUGUGGUGCAGCAACAUGAAGCAGUGUGUGGACUCCAAUGCCUACGUGGCCUCUUUCCCCUACGGCCAGUGUUUGGAGUGGUAUACCAUGAGCAGCUGCCCCCCUGGAAAUUGUUCAGGCUACUGUACCUGUGGCCAUUGCUUGGAGCAACCAGGCUGCGGCUGGUGUACCGAUCCCAGCAAUACUGGCAAAGGGAAAUGCAUAGAGGGCUCCUAUAAAGGACCAGUGAGGAUGCCUUCUCAGGCCCCUAUAGGAAAUUUCUACCCACAGCCCCUUCUCAAUUCCAGCAUGUGUCUGGAGGACAGCAGAUACAACUGGUCUUUCAUUCAUUGCCCGGCUUGCCAGUGCAAUGGCCACAGCAAGUGCAUCAAUCAGAGUAUCUGUGAGAAGUGUGAGGACCUGACCACGGGCAAGCACUGUGAGACCUGUAUCUCUGGCUUCUAUGGCGAUCCCACCAAUGGCGGGAAAUGUCAGCCAUGCAAGUGCAAUGGGCACGCAGCGCUGUGCAACACCAACACGGGCAAGUGCUUCUGCACCACCAAGGGCGUCAAGGGGGACGAGUGCCAGCUAUGUGAGGUAGAAAAUCGGUACCAGGGAAACCCUCUCAAAGGAACAUGUUAUUACACUCUUCUUAUUGACUAUCAGUUCACCUUUAGCCUGUCCCAGGAGGAUGACCGCUACUACACAGCCAUCAAUUUUGUGGCCACACCUGAUGAACAAAACAGGGAUUUGGACAUGUUCAUCAAUGCCUCCAAAAACUUCAACCUCAAUAUCACCUGGGCCGCCAGCUUCUCAGCUGGAACCCAAGCUGGAGAAGAGAUGCCUGUUGUUUCGAAAACCAACAUCAAGGAGUACAAAGAUAGCUUCUCUAACGAGAAGUUUGAUUUUCGUAACCACCCAAAUAUCACUUUCUUUGUUUAUGUUAGUAAUUUCACCUGGCCCAUCAAAAUUCAGAUCGCCUUCUCCCAGCACAGCAAUUUUAUGGACCUGGUACAGUUCUUUGUGACGUUCUUCAGUUGUUUCCUCUCUUUGCUCCUGGUGGCUGCUGUGGUUUGGAAGAUCAAACAAAGUUGUUGGGCCUCCAGACGCAGAGAGCAACUUCUUCGAGAGAUGCAGCAGAUGGCCAGUCGUCCCUUUGCCUCUGUAAACGUUGCCUUGGAAACCGAUGAAGAGCCUCCUGAUCUUAUUGGGGGCACUAUAAAGACUGUUCCUAAACCCAUUGCCCUGGAGCCGUGUUUUGGCAACAAAGCUGCUGUCCUCUCAGUGUUCGUGCGGCUCCCUCGAGGUCUCGGUGGAAUCCCUCCUCCCGGGCAGUCGGGUCUCGCAGUAGCCAGCGCCCUGGUGGACAUUUCUCAGCAGAUGCCAAUUGUGUACAAGGAGAAGUCAGGAGCCGUGAGAAACCGGAAGCAGCAACCACCUGCGCAGCCUGGGACCUGUAUCUGAUGCUGGGGCCGGGGACUCUUCGUGAGUGAGCCAAGCGUGGCGAGGCGUGGCGUGCCAGAGCCGUCUGCAGGGAGGGGCAGGCAGGCAGGAGAUGCUCUGCAGAGCGGAGCAGGGCCGGAAACUGGAAACCCUCCGACUGGAAACAUCCGACUCAUCUGCAUGUUCACAAGCUUUCUUUGACAGUUUCUCCAUCUGUGCUCCAGCACCUGACCUUUUGUUUUUGCAUAGGAAAUGACUGACUUAACCACAUGUCCGGAGUGAUCCUCAUGUUGCUGGAGUAGGCCUUAGUGGAGCCCAUGAGAGAGCUGGGAACGACACUCAGGUUUACUUGUGGGAGACUGGUCUUGGGACUGUCUCAACUGCGCAAAAAACAAGGACAUGGUGUUUACGAGUAGACGUGCGUCAUCAGUCACUCGGGGACUCGGGCUUUUCCAGACGAGUCAGAUGAAUGAACUUGUUUUCAUCUGAAGCCUGCUGUCUUUGAAAAAAGAUGUGCUGCUUGUUCUUGCACGUUUUAGGCAGAUACCUCUCUUCCAAGAAGUAGCUUUUUCUAGUUGAGAACUAAUAACGGUCCAUCUCUUUUGAAUCAUAUUAAACUCAGAUAGAAGGGGGCUAUUUUAAAUGUCAAGGUCGGCAGUGAUGCUUAGAACGUAAACUGGUGUAAUAGGUAGUUUUCUAGAGCAACUUGAUUAAUUUAGUCUAAUAAGUCUGUUCGAAAUUCCUCUCUCUCUCACAUACACACACACACACAUAACACUAAGUGCCUAGACUUUAAAUAGAUCUAGCAAUUGGAAAGUUAGUAAGCCUCAGUUUUUACUUCCUAAUUCUUUCAUAAUUACAUUCCUACAUUCUUAUAAAAUUUAAAUAGCUUCCAUUGGCAAUCUGCUUUUUUUUCUAAAAUGUACUUUGCAGCCAGGAAAGAAUUCUCACCCCAAGAAACCUUUAUCCCAGCAGCAAGGACUGAAAGGAAAGCAGAAAUGACCCAACUGUAAAAGCUCCUGUUCGUAUUGUUGUCAAAAAGGACACUGAGUAAGCGUGAUCCCCAGGAGUCCCCGUGCCCCCGGGCGGCUCCAGGCCUGACGUCUGCUUUCCAGCCUUCCUGGCUGCCUGCUGCCGGGGCAGUGCGACUCUGCCUGCAGCCUACCGUGGGCUGGGGGCCGCCACGGGCUGCGAGUGGAAUCACACGCCAGGAGAGGGGCAGCUCCCGCCGUUGUUGGCAGAACCUGCCCAGAGCCUGGAGAAGGACCUGGAGCUAUUCGCCCUCUCUCCCCGGGAGGGCCUGGGCUCUUCAUUCCUCCCCAGCAGACUCGGCUGCUGGCCAUGGGGAGGGCAGUGAACACUAAGAGGGUGAAAAGCACAUGGGAACAUGGACCAGGAGGGAGAACUCUGCCACAGGGAAAGUGACCAGGCAGGGUGGGGCAGCCUCUGCCUUCCUGCCAGGGCGCCGCCGGGCAUCAUGCUGUCCCGCCCCUGGCGCUGUCCCCUGGCACCACGCGGUGCCUCCCAGGACCUCUCUUGUGCUUCUAAACCUGGGGAUGGACCUCUAGACAACAAUGCUCGAGUUUGUGAAUUUGGAGACAUUAAUACUGAAAAGAGCAAAAACUGCAGCAUUUCACCUCCUAGGUGCAGUGCCUGGAGAGGGAGUAUUGUCUCUUCCCAGGUACCAACCUCACUCCCAUGAAGAGUUGCCUGGAAAGAUGUUUUCAAAGAAGCUGAACCAUAAGAUACUGUCUGGUACACAGAACACCUCUACUUUGAGACUCUUCUCUCAGAAAGCUGUGUUUUCACGUCACUGUUGAAGAGCAGAUGGUCCUAGAAAAGACCUCUCGAAGCUUCCCACAUCCCUACUCCAGGUCCCGGCAGCCACAGAGAACCUGCCGUGGACUGGCCCUUCCCCUCUGUGAUCACCAUGAGGCCUGUUGGCCAAGGGGGAGGCACAGGAGAGGCUCCUUGCACAGGGAAUCCUCCCUUGUUCUAAGGAGCCAGCGUGCCCUUGACCAGAGCAGUCUCCUCCCCACAGUUGUCCCACAGCCACCCGGUCCCAUGCCUUGAAAUAACAUGCACCGAGUCCCACAGCCACUGGUCAUCUUUUAUUUACUGUUUCCUAAAAGAGAAUGUUCCAUUUUAGAACCGAAGGAAGGAACCGGUGAAGUGUAAUUCUGCUCCAACAGUGAAGAACAGCUGAUUCCACCUGCUUCUCCUCUGCCGCCCGUAGCAAACCGCUUCCUCGAGGCUCGGGCCGGAAGAAGGGCGCUCAGCUUGGAGCCAGUUACCGGGAGGGCGUCACCAGGACCAAGGUGGUGCCCGCCUGCCACGGGAGAGCCCUGGACGUGGUUAGGGCGGGCCCGACAACAUCGAUGUUGCACUUGUACAUAGCUCUGCAGCAGCAUCAGAGUGUUCAGACAUUCGGAGUGUACAUAAAACAGGAACCUAUCUCAGUGUAUUUUUAUUAAAUGUUAUGGUGUCUGAGUUUCACCCCAUGUGUCUUUGUGCCAUAUACUGGGUAUCCAGGUUCAGAGAAGUCUUCCGAGCAGCCCCAAAACACAGAGAACAAAGCCAAGGGCACUCCCAUCACACCGGUGUGUUCAGAUGCGUCUGGCGCCGACUGGCCAACUCGAGUCACCAGUGGAGACUGGCAGCCAGCCCCUGUGGUGGCAGUGCGAGAGGAAACUCGGGCAGUGGUGGGGGUCUGUCUCGGGCGUGGGUGCCCUGUGAGCCUCCCUGCCUCCGGGUGCUGGGGCGUGGCCAGGGACAGCCGGGCUCGUCCUGAGAAACGUUGCUUGAGGUCUGUAAGUUCAAAGACUAUACCUGCAGAAAUCAGAUUUCCCAAAAAGGGGGUUUCAGGCUGCACUUUGUUGUGGUUUUAUCUACAUUUUUAAUGAUCAAUUCUGAGGACCAUAGUUUACUAUACCGGAAACUGGCAAUGGGAGUGGUGUGGCUAGUUGCUGAUACACAGCUCCCGGUUUCCCCAUGGCGAACCACGCACACCCUGGCCUCCCCUGCCCUCCUCUCCACACACAGUGUAGGGGAAGCCUGUGCCUGCCUCUGGGCAUCACCUCCAAAAGGCAGGGAGAGGCACGGAGGGGAGGCAGCUCAUACUCCCCUGAGCUACCCCGGAGGUUGGGCAGCAAAAGGAAAACAUGAGAAGAUGUGUGGGUGAGGCCUGUGGUGCAAGAUUGGAAACACAGCAGAAAGUCUGGGGCAAGUGAAAAGACCAGAGCACUACCAGAAAGAGACAUUUUACCUUUCGGUGCUGGUCUUACUCCUUCCCCUUCACAGCGUGUGCGAGGGGAAGGAGCAGGAGUGAUUCGCUUCCCUGGGUGGCCGUGCCCUCGCCAGGAGCACCUUCGACGCUUCAGUGCCAUCCAUCCACCCAUCCAGCCGAUGCUUCCAGAGCACUUACCACAGACAGCCUGAGCUCACUCUGGGGCAGUGACCUGCGUGAAAGAGCAGCUCCAGGAUUAGGACAGAAUCCAGCUGCCAGACCCACCGUCCCAGGAGACCUUUUCCAUGUGGUUUCUGUGAGAACUGGCUGUCUGAGCUCAGACCCAGGAAGGCAGAGGGUCUGUCCUUGGGCCACCCACCCGCUCUGUCUGAAGUGUUUACCCAGUGUACCAAACUCGGCCUCAGACCUCACGGUGAUGGUUUGUAGGUGGCCCCCCAGGAGACGUUUCCCGAGUCCUGAACACCCCCGCCUGCAGGGAAAUGAUCGGGAGAGAAGAAAACUGGCGCCUUCUCUUUUAGUGGCAAUAAUGGAAUCGACUUCUGGUAACUGAAUUUGUGCACAAAACAUUCUAAACACUAGUGAAGCCUGUUUCAUUGAACUAAUUCUGGCUCUGGAAAUGUUUUGUUCUGUAGUGAUUUACGGUUUUUUUGUUUGGAUUCAAGCUUAGUUUGUUAAUAUGUAUAAUUUAGCAUCUAUUGCACUCAUGUAAAUAUGGAGUAAGUAUUGUAAACUAUUUCAUUGCUGGGGAUUGUGGGUGUUAUACAUACAUUUAGGACUGCAAUUUUUGGUAUUUUUUGUAUUGUAAAAUAACAGCUAAUUUAAGCAGGAACAAGAGAAAUAAGGGAGGUCUGUGCAUUUUAAACACAAAUGUGAAGAACCUGUACAUAAUCAAAACUAAUCCUAUACUACAAACUUCCUUCUAAAAUAAAAGUAGAUCUGGUAAAAACA